GAGCACGCCGACAGUCACUAUACAAUAGUGAGUCAAUCGCUGAAGGAUUCGAAGGGUUAUAUCGAGGCAAUCUCCCUAUAAAUACUGUCGCUUUCAUUCUCCCGUUUGAAGUGUUGGUGAGCAGUUGAAGUUAAACCUCUACAGCCCGCACACCCUAGAAUAUUUCUACAACCAAACACUCUCUUCUCACCACCACCAUCAUGGCUUCCACUACCACGGCACUCACCCCAGCCGACGCUAUACCCAAGCUCAAAGGCCCUGUAGUUUGCGUCUUCUGCGGCGCCAACCCCGGCUCCUCCCCCACCCACCUCGCCGCCGCCCGCGCCCUCGCGCACGCCAUGGCCACCCACGAGCUCUCCCUCGUCUACGGCGGCGGCACCACCGGCCUGAUGGGCGAAGUCGCGCGCACCCUCGUCUCCCUCUCAGGCUCCUCCUCCGUCCUCGGCAUCAUCCCCGCCGCCCUCGUAAAACACGAGCAACAAAGCCCCUCCCCCACCUCCCUCUUAGGCCACACCGCCAUCGUAAAAGACAUGCACACGCGCAAGCGCCUCAUGGCCGAAGCCGUCGUGCGCGGCGGGGCGGGCGGCGGCUUCGUCGCGCUGAGCGGCGGCUACGGCACGCUGGAGGAGCUGAUGGAGGUGACGACGUGGAACCAGCUGGGGAUCCACGCGAUGCCGGUGGUCAUCUACAACGUCGAGGGCUUCUGGGACGGGCUGGUCGGGUGGGUGCAGAAGGCCGUGGGCGAGGGGUUCAUCAAGCGGGACUGCGCGGGGAUUAUGGUUGAGGCGUUGAGCGCGGAGGAGGUGGUUGUGUGCUUGCGGGAGUAUGUGAAUGUCGAGGGGCGGUUUGGCUUGGAUUGGGAGGAGAAUUAGGGGAGGGGGGGAUGACGCUUUGCAUGGUUGGUGGUUUGCAUGGCUGGUUGCAUAUAUGGGAGAAAAUAGAUAGAUCUCCGGCUCUUGGAUGGGUC